ACUAUUAAAUAUUUGUACACGCAUUUAAAAACAAAUUUUGUGGUUCAAGUCAUAAAAAAGUCGUUUCAGAAGAUGGUAAUAACCAAAGUAAAAUAAGUUAAUUACCCAAUGAAACUAAUAAUGGCGAAAGUAAAGAGUAUAAAAGAGACAACUGAGUUUUACUUUAUAUGUCGACGAGUUAAUUCAAAAUUCUUGUGAGUCAACGUGUAAAGUUUUAAUGAAAAUGAAAUCACAAGUGUUGGUAUUGUUACUAUUCAUGGUGUCAGCAAGUUUCGAAAGUGAUGUCGAUAGUUCAGAUAUUUUUGAAGACAAGUCAUACGCUAUUUGCAAAUAUGGCGAAAUGCAAUGUGGAGAGAGUUGUCGAAACAUGAAAAAAGAAAUUUGUUGCAACGGAAUUCCAAAACCAUACCUUUACUAUGGAAGAUGUGGUUUAAAAGAUUGCAUAAACUGGCACAAAGAAAUUUGCUGUGAUGGCGUUGCUAGACCAAAGAAAGAAUAUGAAAUUUGCGGUGAAAAAUGCAUAAAGUUAAAAUACUACUACUGCUUGCAAGGAAAAGUUUAUGAAAAAGUAGGAGAUCAACAGUAAAGUUAACAUUGAAACUUCAUAUAUUUCUUAAAUAAAAAUAAGAAACCAUUUUGAUAACAUUUUAAUGAAUAAUAGAAUUAAUAAGUAGUUAUUAUGACUUUUAUUAUUUCCUAAUUUU